AGAUUCGGAUUCUUCAGAGGAGCUGAUGACUUCCAAAUCAAGGACUAAAUCAGAAAUCGAAGACGACUUAAAGCGAUUAAGAGAAUGGUUAAGCAAACAACCGCAUUUGCCAAAGAAUAUAGAUAAUGAAAUACUAUCAGCUUAUGUACAUGGAACUAAGAGCCUGGAGAUAGCAAAACAAAAGUUGGAUGCCUACUAUUCAUCCAAGUCCAAAGCGCCACAUCUCUUCAGCUUUCCGGCAAGAGAUACGGAAGAUGAUUCUUUUAAGAAGGGAUGUGAAGCAUUGAAGAUCUUCUUUCUGCCAGAGAUGACCUCGGAGAGAUACCUUGUCCUGUUCGUCACCUUCGAUCUGGACUUUUCAAAGUUUGACCAUGUCCAAUAUCUGGUGAGGAUGAUGAUGAUGGUGGAGUUGGCUAUGUUACGGUGGCCUGACGCUGAGGGAGUUGUAUUAGCCACAGACCUCAGCGGGAUGGAUGUUUCUAUCUUGUCUAAAGUCAACAUCACCAUUAGCGGAUUCUUCAUUCAUUGGUUUCAGAAAACUAUUCCUAUGAAAUUGAAAAAAGCAGUGGCUGUGAAUGCACCAAAAUUCUUCGAAACUAUGAUGAAUAGUUUUGUAAGACCAUUCCUAAGUAAGAAAAUAUUUGAAAGGAUAAUAAUUACAUCAGAAGGAGUUACAGUAUUAAACAAAUAUAUUCAUGAGCCGCUUCUGCCGAUUGAUUUUGGAGGCAAUGAAAAAUCAUCGAGUGAUUUGAAUAAAUAUUGGAUCGAAGAACUGAAAAACAAUAAAGACUGGUUCUUGAAGACUAGUCAACAAUUUGUGGAUGAGACCAAACGGCCCGCUGACAAAUUAAAUACCUAUGGCGUCGAUGGGACAUUCAGAUCCCUCAUGGUAGAUUAA